UCCUCCCGGCUGGAGUGGACCGGCGCUCCCCUGCGCACCCACACUGGCGGGCUACCCUUUCUGCACCGCCCAGCAAGCCGGGGAUCCGGCGCACUGCACCCCCGCCAGUCACGCGGGAUCCCACAGCGUGGGUUCGCCUCUAUGGGAACCCCUGGUGUCCGGAGAUCACCCGCAGUGGAAACCCUGACCGACAUCCACGGGCCUGAGCGCCCUAGAAGCGCCCCUGCCUGCGCGAUCCAGCGCGAGUGGGCCGGCUGGACACCAAAGGGUGGCCCCGAGUGGCUCCAGCGCUAGGCGGCCAGGAGCCCCUCUGCAGACCGGAAUUAGAAGGGAACUGCUGCCUGGCGGCCUCCAGGCAGCACUGCUAAGCCUCUGUCCCCGUGCGACCUUUUGGGGCUGUUCAAUAAAUGUACACACGGUUGUGUGUGCCCUUUUCCAGUCCCUGACUGUCACUUUCAGGCCCAGAGAAACGACAUGGGUUCUGUGAAAGGAAGGGCCACUUGCUUUCAGUCCCUGGCAAAGAGACAGAGUCUCACUUUAUGGCCCUCAGUAGAGUGCCGUGGCCUCACACAGCUCACAGCAACCUCCAACUCCUGGGCUUAAGCGAUUCUCUUGCCUCAGCCUACCGAGUAGCUGGGACUACAGGUGCCUGCCACAACGCCCGGCUACCAAGAACAAAAUGGGAGAUGCUGAAGCAGGCAGGAAGAUCUUCGUUCAAAAAUGUGCUCAGUGCCACACAGUGGAAAAAGGUGGAAAACACAAGACUGGUCCCAAUCUCUGGGGCCUCUUUGGCCGACAAACGGGACAAUCACCAGGAUUUUCUUAUUCGGAUGCAAAUAAAAACAAAGGUAUAACCUGGGGAGAAGAGACUCUGAUGGAAUAUUUGGAGAACCCAAAGAAAUAUAUCCCUGGAACUAAAAUGAUCUUUGCUGGUCUUAAAAAGAAGAAAGAAAGAGAAGAUCUUAUUCAAUAUUUGAAAGAGGCAACAUCUUAA